UCAUCGCCUGCCGCCAGCGUUUUGCAUCGCCGCCUGCCACCAUCUACCACAUCGCCGCCUGCCACCAUUGACCACAUCGCCGCCACCACUAGCCUCCCGGUUCGCCAGCACCCCCAUCUGAGGGUCAGCUCACCCCCCGCCGUUGGGUCAUCUCACCCUAUUCCCCGAAAAGGCCUACCGCCUAAACACUGGUCCUUCGUCGCCUUGAAAGAGCCAGCACCGUUGGAAUUCAGAACCCAAAUAAAAAGUAUCCCUAAAAACCAUGGAGAUGGACAAGCCUCAGCCGGCACCACGCACUUUUGCUUCGUCGCAGGGGAAGACCGACACACCUAAGCCAGCGCCACGCCCCUCCACUUCGUCGCAGGGGAAGGUUGAUACGCCUCAACCGGUGCCACGCCGUGCCUUGUCGCCGAGGGUAGUACGGCCGAUGGAUGGGGUUCCAAUCCCGGCACCUACUCAACCUAUAACUGGCGAACCAUCAGCAACAGACUUUCAGAGAUGUCGUCUUUGUGCGCGCUAUCAUGCGCUCAGAGUAUGCCCAGUUUUUCGGGCCAUGCACCCACAACAGAGGUUCCUCAUCGCGCGAGCUCAUAAGUUCUGCACAAACUGUCUCGCACUCUCCCACGCUACAAGCGCGUGCACAUCAAACGGAAAUUGUAGAACAUGUGGCCAAUAUCAUCACACGCUCUUACAUAGAAAUGACUCCAGCACCUCUGGUCGCCGGUUAAAGCCGCCUGCACGCUAUCCCCCAAGACUUGCUCGGAACAUUGGCUCCGCAUUUACUGGGCGUCGCCAGCACAAAGCCGUGCCGCAGAACAAGCACCCAAUCAAACGCACUACACCAAGAAUUCGAAACAUAACGCCGAAAGGAAAAGUCACCAAACGGCUGGUGCAUGAAGCGAUGCGAACCCUGAAGGAGCUGAAAGACGCUCUAGCCGCUUAG